GUGAAUCCAGAUCAAAUCCUGCAAAAUGAAAUCAAGGCAAGUUGUAAUGUUGUUAUCAUUUGACCCACACGUCAUCAUCGUGAUUGUCACCAUCAUCAUUACCUUCAACUCCUACGCCAUCAUCAUCAUCAUCGUCGUCGUCGUCGGCGUCGUCGUCGGCGUCGUCGUCGUCGUCGUCGUCGUCGUCGUCGUCGUCGUAGUCGUCGUCGUCGUAGUCGUCGUCGUCGUAGUCGUCGUCGUUUUCCCUUGUCCUCCUUCUCCUCUUUAUCAUCGCUGGUACAUGCAAUUAUGAACCGAAGCCGUCGUGUAGUCCCAGAGUUCAAUUGAAUCCUUUCAGUUUUCCCCUUUCUUAUGCAUGAAAUCAAUACUAUCGUAAACAACAACAACAACAACAACAACUUUAUCACCAUGGUCUCAGGAUCAUCACAAUUAUUUAUAAACAUCAUAAAAAUCUCUUUAAAAAUCUGAAUCAAAUUUUCGGUGGGCGUCAAUCGACCUUGUGGUUUGAGAAGAUCUCGGUCGCAUGCUGAGGUUGAUGAAAAAUUUAACCUCUAAGGAUAUUUACCAUCUAUCUGUUGUACUUAAUUAAUAGUUCAAUACCUUUCAACUACAAGAUGAAUUCUCCGCUGGAUGCAAUGUUUCAGUUGAUCCCAAGGGACUCGCACAGCCUGGUCAUGUGCAUGUAUCCCACGUGAUUGUAACACUAACAUACAGUGGGCAUCAUGAUAACUGUACAGAUCCCAGCUCAGGAGAAAUUCUGGAGAGGGUCACAGAAACUGCUUAUAGGUCAUUCUUCUUCUAUGUGUUAGGUAUGUACAAAAACCAGAAAUAUUUACAUUACUCCCAUUUGUUCUCCAGCCUCUUUUUUAUUGCUACGAAAUUCCAGUCCUAACAGUAUGAAGGAUGUUUUUGGGUUCAAUAGCCUUAGGUCCGGUCCCUUACGUCCCCUGUUGCUCAUGAUCAGCGGUAGAGCAUCCGCACCGUCAACCAGAAGAUCAUUUCGACCAUAGUCCCACCCCUGUCGGGAGACCUCGAAUUUUUUUCCGCGUUGCUGUUUGACUGUCUACAAAAUAUUUUUCUCAGAAACUUUUAUCUUUCAAGAAAUCGUUCACUUUGGCAAGGAGAGUAAAACCACAGCGUUUCAGAUAACAAAUGGAAUAUCGACGAAUAAAAGAAAAAUCGUUUUUCCAUUAUAUACAUUGUGUGAGGAGCAAUACCGUUCUUUUUCAUUCAGACUGUUUUUUCAAUCGAUUUUCACUUAGACCUUAAUGUACCUUGUUUAAGCCCCCCCCCCCCCCCCCCAACUUCAAAUUUUGCAUUACCGUUGUUUCUAAUUUCUCUUGGGUAUUACAGUCGUCCCAAGAGAAAUCGAUGAUAAUCGAUAUGCAAAAUUUUGGGGAGUAAACAAGGUGCAUUAUGUGAAAAUGGUGAAUGGCAAUUUAUCCCGGGGGUCAGACAUUUUUACAUAACGUAUUGUGUAAGUUGCUGCUAUGGCCUGCUGCGAAGCAUUCUCGUGCGCAGCGGAACACCAUGGGUAAGAACACUUUAUCUAAGUUAUCUAAGUUGCAUCUAAGAAGUUUUGGUUCUGACAACAUCGUCCGUACAUCCGUAUGUCCACUCUUUCAUAUAAGAGGAUGUGAAAUGUCACACUUACUCGCUGGGAGUGCAAGGCAUAUCCUGGCUGUGUUUAACUUGGUCUUGGACAUCAAUUUUAUGGCCAUUUGACAGCUGUCAAAAAAGGUAUCGCUGACCGGUGUCACAUAACUGUAUGGCGGGGUCAGGUAUGCAACUCAUCGAGUUGACGUAUUUGUUAAAGUUAUCUGCUGCCAAGAUAUUGCUUUUCAAUUGAUCGCUGGCUCAGGUCCAUUCUUUCAGGGUGGAAUUCAGUUUGCGUUCUGUUUACGGAAAAAGUUGAAUUACUUGAUAAAGUCAUUUGUCAAAAAAGCCCUCGAGAGCGUCGCUUUUGGCCUUGGCUAAAGCUGCAUAUUAUAGUUAGCGUUUACAAUGCACUUUUGUUUAACAGACACGUCUUGUAUACAACCGCUUGGGAUGAGAAGUGGG